AUGACCUCCACAAAAACCAGCUUUUUGCCAACGGAGAUUCUAUCAGAAAUUGUUGAAUAUCUCUAUGUGCUUGGGAUUCACGAUGAUUUGACGAAAGAUAAUGUUCCUGACAGAGCUCUACUGCAGAGACAAGCCUCCCUAGCCAACUUUUGUCUUGUGAAUCGCCAGUGGUACUCGGCAGGAAUUGAGUAUUUGUAUCGAGAACCUGAGGUCUCGCAGGGCAACCGAUUUUUACAGUUCACCGAGACUCUGUGCCCACCACCCAAAACAAGACAAAAAACAAUCACAAACCUAAAGUCAAUGGUUCGAACUCUGGACCUAGCAAAGCUGGUUCACCAAAGUUCAAACAGUACCACUGCACGACUUAUCAGCAAGACGAGUAAGAACUUGACAUGGUUUCGAGCGCCCCGGGUCUCUUUUUCUCUCAACGGCCUGGCAUCCUUGACCAAGUGCCAAAAUUUGAGAAGACUGGAUCUAAGCCGAGUAGGGGAUUCAUCAAUCACCUUUCCACAGCUCAAGAAGACCGUCAGCAAACUCGGAAACCUGAAUGAUCUUUCACUGCCCAUCUACAUCCCUCUUACCCCAACUUUCCUCCCAAAUAUCACAUGGCCCAAUAGCCUCCAUGAGCUUACGAUUGGUGGGAUAAUUGACCAUGACUUGAUGCAAAUAUUUGACUGGCCAACCAACUUGGGAACUUUGCGCCUGUCAAAUUGCAAAAACCUUGACAUUUAUCUCAUCGAAAGCAUCUUGGACAACGAAUUUAUGUCCGAAAAUUUGCACAAUUUCACCAUUAAUACGAAUUGCAUGGAGCACUACAUGCACCUUGACGAUUCAACAGCUGUGCUGCAUAGCCUGGAUCUCCUUGAACGCCUCGAUAUCCCCUCAUCCCUGCUCCGACCUUUACUCUUGCUUGAUGAUGAAAUGUCACCCAUACAUUUGACUAUAAUGGUGAUCGAUGAUGAACCUGCCAUGACCGUGAACGACAGUGAAUUUGGUGCGGAUUUGAUGAAAUCCUUGGAAUCGGGCCCCUUGGGUAAAAUUUGGGCGCUCUAUGUCAGCAGAGGGUUUUCCGAUUCCUACCAAUUGAAGCCGGAAGAAAUCGAUGACCUUAUCCUCCUUCACCUAGACGAUGUUGAUGAUGAAGAGCUCGACGAGUGGGGUACAAGAUUGGGAUUUUACGAAGACGAAUGA